AUGUGGACAAUUUUCCGCGUGCUGUUCAGCGCCAUUUUCCUAUUGUCCAUCGUCCUCUGCAUCCCCAUCGCCUUCGACGUCGGUGGCCGUGAUGCAGGCCUGGCCUACAGCCUGUCACUGUUCCUAUUUUACUUCGUUUAUUCAACGAUAAAAGCGGUCACUCCCGAACGGUCACGAGUACGAUGGACGCUUAUGACGCUCCUGCGCCUGUCACAAUGGGUUGUCAUUCCGGGACUCUUGAUCUGGGCGUUGAAUAGGUUUUCUGUCGACGCGGGGAGCACAGAUUGGGUGUCGAGGACAAUCGCGCAUGUGACAACGCGCGACGGAAAGGCCACGACCUGGCACGAAUGGUUCUUUGGUCAGGGCGGCUUCCUCGAGUCCGUCACGUUGGGAGGUUGGGACAGGGGUCUGAGCUAUUCGAGCCCCGUCUUCCAAUUACUAGAGGGCUUUUGUAGUCUUCUAGUGAUACAAGCCGCUGGCCAAAUCACAAGAUGGCUGGUAAAUAGGGGCCGAAGCGAUACGUGGGUUAUCAUCCUGCUCGUCUUUUCCGGCUCUAUCAUUGCCAGUGCUGUGUACUUCCUCUGGAGGGUAGCGCGUUUCCCCCAGAUCAGCAAUCUCGAUGCGACUCUCAUUGGGGUGACCAUGACGUCGGCUGUAUUCCUUUGCGCGUUUGGCAUCGGUAGUGGACGAGGCAACCCUGUGGAGUCCUCGCUCCUAUUCGCAUACGUCGUGCUGUGCGUCUACCAGAUAUUCACCGACUAUCUUCCAUCCCCUGAUGCCGCAGCAGCUCAGGCUGCAGCCGAAGAACAAGCUGCUGCGUCACAACCCGACUUUCCCCCCUUGCCCCCUAUAAUAAUGGCAUCCUACUCCACCCUACUUCACGUCCUCAGCAGCCUCCCUACUGCCGUGAGCAGCUCUUUCACUUUCCUCUACGCCGCCUUCCAGACAAUAACCCCGUCUGUCAUCAUCUCAUUAACAUACCGCACGAUUGUCUUCUACUGUGCGACACGCAUCAUCCCUGCGGUGCGUGAGUCCGGCGCGCGUGCUCUCAUAGAUGAGCCGAGUUUCGAGGAUUCGGACGCAACAAAUAAACUGCUAAGUUUUUUGUCGUGGUUUUCCCCCUCGAUACUAAUCGCAGUUUAUACAAGUCUGCUCCUGCAGCACUUCACCGUGGCCAGCGAUGGGGAUGAUGCUGGCUGGACCUUAAGAGGCGGCGAUGCCGACGGCAACACGUGGCGAUGGAUCAACGUUGCCGCGACUAUGGGACUGUACGCCAUUGAACUGUAUCUGGGCAACGAAGAUGUCGAGAGCGGCAUGAGCCACUGGAAGACGGAUUGA